AGAAUAUAUUCUUUGUGUUAGUAUUAUGAAUGUACUAUUCAACACGUUAUUAAAAGCGUAUGGUUCGUGGCCAAGUAAAAAUUAAGUUUAUUUGUGAUAAACUUUUAUAAACAUUUUAUAUAUAAGUAAAAUUGUAUCGAUACUUCAAAUAAAUCAUUUAUAAAAAAAAUAAACCAAAAAAUUAUUUAUUAAAAAAAUAAACAGAAGAAAUAAAAAUUAGUAAAUAAGUAAAAAAUGGCAUUAAUUAGAAGAGCAACUCAUGCUGGUAGUUGGUACGCAAGUUCUGGAUUGGAGUUGAAUAAACAAUUAGAAGGUUGGUUGAGUGCUGCAGACUUAUCACAUGGACCUGCUAGGGCAAUAAUUGCCCCACAUGCAGGUUAUAGCUAUUGUGGAGCAUGUGCUGCUUUUGCAUACCGCCAGAUUAGUCCUGUAGUUGUGCGUAGAAUUUUUAUUCUUGGUCCAUCACAUCAUGUGAGAUUAGCAGGCUGUGCUCUUUCCUCUGCUUCGAUUUAUCAAACUCUUUUGUAUGAUCUACAUAUUGAUCAACAAGUAUAUAGAGAACUUGAAGAAACUAGACACUUUGAAUGGAUGGAUUUAAACACAGAUGAAGAAGAACAUAGUAUUGAAAUGCAAUUGCCAUUUAUUGCAAAAGUUAUGGAAGGGUUUAAAGAUUCUUUUACAAUAAUUCCUAUAUUAGUGGGUUCAUUAAGUCCAGAAAAAGAAGCACUUUAUGGAAGAUUAUUAGCACCAUAUAUGGCUGAUCCACAAACAUUAUUUGUUAUAUCUUCAGAUUUCUGUCAUUGGGGUCAGCGGUUUCGCUAUACUUAUUAUGAUAGAUCUUGUGGUCCUAUUCAUAGAUCUAUUCAAAAUCUUGACAAAAUGGGUAUGGAUAUCAUUGAAACAUUAAAUCCCACAAUGUUUAAUGAUUACCUUAAAAAAUAUGGUAAUACAGUAUGUGGUCGACAUCCUAUUAGUAUUCUUUUACAGGUAAUUCAUAGUUUAAAAGGAAAUACUAAUGGUCAAAGAAUGAAUUUGAAGUUUCUUAAAUAUGUUCAAAGCAACCAGUGCAAUAAUAUGAAUGAUAGUUCUGUUAGUUAUGCCAGUGCUUCCUUGGUUCUUGAGUGAUAUAAUAUACUUUCACUGUUACUUGAAGAAUUUGCAGAAAAAAAGAAAGUAUUAAAAAAAUAAAAAAAAAUAAAUAAAAGAAAAAUAUUUAAAAAAGAAACAAAAAAAACGGCAGUAAUAAUCUAUUAAUCAUAAAAAGCAUUAAUUAUAAUUUUUUAAAAUUUUGUUUUUAUAUUUAAAAAAAUAACAUUUAAAAUCAAGUUACAAUUUGCUAUUAUAUUGUAUGGAAUUUUCUCAAUGACUUGAGAAAGAAUAUAUUAAUUUAUUAAUGAAUGUGAUGAAUAGAAAUGUACUAU